GUUGGACAAUUUACGCUGUACACCGUUUGACAUGCGCAGUGACAUAUUGCUCUCUGGAUUUACUAAUUUCUGCCAAAAUGUCUACACAAAGACAAGUCGAUAUUUCUACAUUACCUUUACCUCAAUUAAAUCAGUUGUCUCAACAGUUAGACCAGGAAAUUGAAUUUCUAACUCUUUCUUUAAAUCAGUUGAAAGUAGCUCAAACUAAAUUUAGUGAAUCUCAAGAAUGUCUUAGUCAAGUCACCAAGCAAAAUCUGGAUAACGAUAUUCUUGUUCCUCUUACAGGAUCUAUGUAUGUUCCUGGGAAAUUAUCUAAUGUUGAAGAAUGUUUAGUUGACAUUGGUACUGGAUAUUAUAUUGAAAUGACAGUAGAUUCAAGCAAAAAGUUUUUCAAGAGGAAAGUAGAUUAUAUCACCAAACAAAUAGAAAAGAUGCAGCCACUUUUACAAGAUAAAUACAGGAUGAAACAAGUUGUCAUGGAAUUAUUACAGAUGAAAGUUCAAGCUCAACUGGCUGCUCAACAAGCACCCAGUACAGUGAAUUCAUAAAGAACAAUGAAGUUAAAACAUUGUUACAUCUUCAAUAACUAGCAAAACAAAUAACCUUUGAAACAACAUCCCUUUAAAUAAAAAGCUUCUACUGGAA